CAGCGAUGUACACGUCCUCAGCCGCUCAGAAAGCCAAACGACGCGCUCAUUCACGGCCUGAGCUGACGGACGAGCAGAAGCAGGAGAUAAAGGAAGCGUUCGAACUUUUCGACACAGAUAAGGACGGCGCGAUCGACUACCACGAGCUCAAAGUUGCCAUGCGUGCGCUGGGUUUCGACCUCAAGAAAGCGGAGGUCCUCAAAAUACUACGAGAUCAUGACAAAACGGGCCAUGGACUGAUGGACUUUGACGACUUCGCCAAGAUAAUGAGUGAAAGGAUCCUCGCACGGGAUCCAGCGGAUGAGAUACGACGCGCCUUCGCCUUGUUUGAUGAGGAGGGAAAUGGGAAGAUCUCUCUGAAGAAUCUACGUCGCGUCGCGAGAGAGAUUGGAGAUCGACUGGAGGACGAGGAGUUACAAGCUAUGAUAGACGAGUUUGACCUCGACCAGGAUGGAGAGAUCAAUGAGCAGGAGUUUUUUGCUAUUAUGACUGACGACACUUGAGGACUUUCUCCUUCGCUAUAAUUCAUCGUUGUAUCACCUAUGUAUAUUGUACCGACCACCACUCUCUUUGAACACCGGCGACUACCUGCGCAAGAACCCGAAAGCAUGCCGCAAUACGAAUUGUGUUCGAGACUUGGGCGAACGUCGUCUUCGGAUUCCUUCCUCUACCCACUUAGAAUUUCCAGGGACCAUUGCACCACUCUCGUCUCGUCUUAAACAUUCACACGUGAGUGAAGCGUACUUGGGAUGAGAGAAGUUGAGUAAGAGCAGGAUUGUGAUAGAUAUACACAGAAAUCAUGCAACGUCUAGCGUAGCGCAGGAUGCAAGCGUACUACCGCCAG